AUGCUCAGUUUUUCAUAUAAUUUCUCAUUUUUACGACAAAUUAAUGGCAUUUGUAGAACAAUAAUAAUUCUACUCAUCAUGGAAGAAUCAGUUCCGCUUGAAGAAGAAAAGCAUGACAUUCGGAUUUUUAGUCUACCUAUUGAUAGUAAUAAUAUUGGGAAGAAUGUUGAUAUGGAAAAUAUUUUUAGUAAUACAGAGCCUCCAUCACCAAUGACGGAUGCCUCACUCCCCCCCUUUAAAUUGGAACUAAAAAUUUUGUUCCAAUUUAAAGGGGGGUUAAGAAAAUUUUUUAAAAAAAAAUAUCAAUAUAAAAUUUUUUAUAAAAAAACAAUUUAUAUAUAAAAAUUUAAAAAAACAAAUAUCAAAAACUUAUCGAGUUAGAUUAAUAAAUUUGCUUAAUAAAAUGCUAUUUACUCUUUAUCCUUUAAAACAAAGCAAGAUAUAACUAAAUUUUUAUUAUUAGUUAAUACGCCAAUAUUAAUUGGCAUCAAAAUUAUUUACACAAAAAUUAUUAUUUUUAUUGAUAAACAAAAAAUUAAAAAAAAAAAAUUUAGAAAAUUUAUUAAUCAAAGUGCUAAUUUUGUUUAAAUAAGAUGUUAUUUAUACUCUAUUCUUUAAAAUAAAGCAAGAAAUAAGUAAAUUUUGAAAUUUUAUAAAGAAUUCGUAUUGAAUUUAUAUCAAAACUAUCCGAAUAAAAAAUAUCAUUUUAUCAAAAAAAAUAAUGAAAAAUGUUUUUUAAAAAAAAAAUAAUUUUUUUUGUAAAUUUAGCAAUUAAAGAUAACAAAUUUAUUUAAAUAAGAUGCUCUUUAUACUUUCUUCUUUAAGCAAGAGCAAGAUAUAACUAAACUUUUAAUUUUAGUUAAGAAGAAACAUUUAACUUAUAUCAAAACUUUUUUAGAUAAAAAUUAUAUAAAAUUUUUUAUUAUAAAAUUAAAUUUUGUUCCAAUUUAAAGGGGGGUUAAUUUACCAAAAAAGUGGAAAUUUUACCUAUAUUUUGUUCCAAUUUAAAGGGGGGGGGGGAGCCAGUACCCAAUUUUGUGAGUAAUCAUAAGCCUUCUGAAAUAAAUAGAAAACCAAAAUACAAUCUUAAGAAUCUAAAAGGAAUUUUAAAGAAAAAACUGGUAAAAAAUUAUUUACUCCCCCCCCUCCGUGAGUGAACAAAACCAUUAGAAAAAUCACUAUUUUUUGCCCAAAAACCCACCUUCCGUGAGUGAACAAAAAUUUUUUAUGGAAAAAAAAUUUGGAUAUAUAAGUGAUAAUUAGCAUAAUGAAAUAUAGUGCUAAUUCUGUUUAAUUUUAAACGAAUUGCUUUUUAAAACAUAAAUUUUAUAAAUUAAUUAAUAUUUGCUUUCCAAUUUUUGCGAAUUAGGAUUUUUUUUAAAUUUCGAAAAAAAAUACUUUUUAUAAAAUUUAUAUGUAAAUUUUUUUAAAAAAAAAAAUUAUUUAG